UUCAUACUUUUAUGAAUAUAGCGCAGCCAUGACUCCAGACGAUAGGACAAUCGCAGGCUUGGCUACUGCGCAGCAGCCCGGAGCAAAAACUCCCCGCUCGCCUGCGGAAAAAAGGGCGCGUUCUUCGGAUAUUAUUGCCCCAAUCCCUGCUGCGAGCAGUAGCGAGGAUGACGACAUGUUCGAGGAUGUCGAGAUGCCUGAGGAUGUCGGGAUGCCUGAGGAUGAUCUGCCUGAGCUGGGUACCGUGGAGCUGGAUUUUGGCGAAGCCCCGAGCCUGCUCAAAGCUCGAGGACGCCGGCCAGUGGUGACGAGGCGGGCACGCAUCCUGCGCCGCAGCCAGCACAUUGCCGAGCUGAUCUGCAUGCUCACAUCCUUGCAGCUCAUGAACUAUGCAUGUAGUGGGGAGACCCUGGGGCGGGCAUUCUCACUGAUCCCCGCUGCAAGCAUCGAGCGCAUGCACGAGCACCUGCAUCCACUACGAUACCGGGAGACCGACAUGGCUCGGGGCCAAAGCAUUGGGGACCAAUUUAUCCGGGCGAUGUUGCUGACGUGUAUGCUGCGGGCGUUGAAGUUUGAUGUCAGGUUCUGUGCAGGCAUUUCGCCACUGCCUCUGAAGCUGACAGUCAGCGAGAGCCAGGCUCUUGAAGGGCUGCGCGAUCCUUCCCCAGCGAGAAAGCGCGCAAAAUCGAGCCCAUCCAGAACCAGGGCCAAGGCCAAGCACGAUGGCGUGCCACAGUACUGGUGCGAGGUCUUUGAUCCUCUCAUCGAGAACCCCAAGCAACUCGUGCGGCCCACCAAGACAUCCCCGUGCAAAUUUGCGUACAUUGUUAGUCUGGACUCACUUGGCUAUGUGCGCGACAUCACACGCCGAUACACAGCAGAAUUCGUCAAUACUACCAGCAAACUGCGUCUGAAAGCCAGCAGCUCGGAUGGCCGGUCUUGGUGGGACCGGUGGCUGGACCGGUGGCAGAACCCCGACCAGACCGAACGCGAUGAUCGCGAGGAAGAGCAAAUGGCCAUCAGUGAAGCCCGCAGUGCCAUGCCGAAGCGCCUUGCGGAUUUUGCCUCCAAUCCGCACUACGUGCUGAAGCGCAAUCUAAAGCAAAACGAGAUUCUGUAUCCAGAGGGGCCUCGAGUUGGGACUGUGCGCGGGGAGCCGGUGUUUCUACGCGAAAACGUCCAGGCACUGCGCACAUCCAUGGCGUGGAUGCGGCUGGGCCGCACAGUCAAGCCCGGCGAGCAGCCGAUAAAGACGGUGAAGCAGCGAGCGGUCACUGCGCGCGCAAAAAUGCAGGUCGAGGAAUGCGAAGCGCAGGGGGUAGAGGCCGUAAGCGCACUGUUUGGCGAGUGGCAGACGGAGUUGUUCCGUCCGCCGCCGGUUGCCGACGGCAAGGUGCCGAGAAACGACUAUGGCCGCUUGGAUCUGUUCACAGAAUCUAUGCUGCCUGAGGGCGCUGCACACAUCCCACAUCCCGAUGCCAAGCGGCUGUGCAAGGAUCUAGGCAUUGACUGCGUAGAGGCUGUCGUGAGAUUCGAGUUCCGCCGUGGUGUCAGCACACCCAUCAUCAGUGGCGUUGUUGUGCCCAGCGAUUCUGCUGAACUUGUUGCCGAUGCACUGGCAGAGAGCACACAUAACAAGAUCGCCCAGCAAAGAGCAGCUAUAGAGAAGCGCGCGGUCAAGCGAUGGCGCAGACUGCUGGUUGCCUUGCGCGUUCGGAAAGAGGUCGACGACACAUUCGCCACCAGGAGUUCGCUGCCACAAGGCGCUGCAUUCAAGAGCAAAAGCAAAGGCAAGGAGGCAGCAUCUAGCGACACAUCCUCCUCAUCGGAGGAAGGGCAGGAGCAGGAGCAGGAGGAGCAUGUAGACACCGGCGGCGGAUUCAUUCUCUGACAUCCACGUAGCAUGUAUUUUACCGCAUCUCUUUCAUGUUGAGCAACAAACAGAUGUAAAGAAAG